AUGUUGCUAAAGUUAAAAGCGACUACAUACCAUACUGCGGGGAAGGCUGCUAAAACCUUAGCCAAUCGAUUGCGUGCAAAAUUGGCGCAAUCGCGCAUCCCUUAUAUGCAAGGAGAUCAGGGCAACAAAUCCGUAGGCCCACAAGAUAUUAGUCAGGAGUCUGCCAGCUUCUAUUCCAAAUUAUACUACUUGCGCUCAGACACAUUACUGAUCUGCCUUGAUAGCAAGGAUAUUGAGACCUUUCUUAACUCAGCACACCUUCCCAAGUUAACCACAUACCAGGGUAGACAGGGCCUGGACAAUACAAGGAAACUGUCACUGGUUCUUGAGCAGAUGAGGAGGUCUGACCUUCCUGAGGCAGGCUUUACUGGGUUACGGUUUUCCACUGCAGACAACCCUACAUGCCCGGGAAACAACUGGAUACCAGACAGCUGCAACUACCGCCAAGAACCCAGAUAA